AUGGAAGAGAAAUCAGUCUUUGUAGACUACGAUGAUACUACACCAUCACCGCGCUCUCUCCGAGGAGCACCGAGACAUUUCUUAUCCAAGACAUUGUCGUGGCUACAACCUGCCAAUGCCUGGAAACUCAGCAAACGGUUUGCCUAUUGCUUCACGCCUCAACUCGUGCGGUCACACUAUUUUGGCGACCCCGGGUUUGCGCCCAAGAAAUUCCCGACCAGCUACCUGAGCGGCCUUCGAGGACUGACGGCCAUCAAGGUCUUUACUUUCCACUGGACUUUUGCAUUCAGCGAUCUCGGCUAUAAGCCGUACGGGACGACGGAGCGGUACACGCACUUCCUCGAGCUUCCUAUCAUUCGCUAUGUGCACUCUGGGUUCACCGCACACAUCUUCUUCGCCGUGGCCGGCUACCUGACGUCUCUACGAAUAUUCCAGCUUCUUGAGCGUCAUAAUCAACAGUCGCACUCGAAAGUCAUGGUCAACAUCUCUGGUGCGCUGUUCCGUCGGGCCUUUCGACUGUAUCUCCCCACCUUCAUCAUCACGUUGAUAUUCACCCAUUACAUCCACUUUGGCUUCUAUGAGCAUAACCGACCCUAUCUCGACGAUCACGAGAAAUUGUUCCCCGGUGUAUGGCAGGAGCCCAAACCAGAGCAACUUGCAAGCUACUACGCUCAGCUGCAAUACUGGGCCAGUGAAAUGUAUCAACUCAGCAAUGUCUUUCUCCCGGCGACGGCAUACUAUCCCCUUAUCGACCAGCACCUGUGGUCUAUUCUGGCAGAAAUGCGCGGUUCGCUCUGUUUAUAUUUCGUUCUGAUGGCGACGACGCAGUGCCGUACCUACGUCCGCCUGGCGAUGCUAUGCCUCAUGACCUUUGUGUUCUUUCUCUGGGAUCACUGGGAGAUCUGGAUCUACAUGCUCGGCUCGAUCGUGGCCCAGAUCAAUGUGCUCAUGGGCGAGCCUGAGGCGGAAAAGAAAGUCGCCACGGGACUCUUCGCCCCGCCGCCACGGUUUCCAGCAGCCUCGGGGACGGUCCGCAAAUCGAGCUCGGUGUGGCGCUAUAUAACCCCUGCCACCACGCUGCGGUCAUACCUUCGCAUUAUCGGGUUUUGGGUUGCCUUCUAUCUCCUGUCCUAUCCGAUCUGGGGAUCCGAGCCAUCCGAGGAGGCGCCCGGGUACGAGACGCUCAACUUGCUAAUCCCGGCAUGGAUGGAACGCAAAGAUAAAUUCUACGCCAACAUCGGCACUACACUUCUGCUUUUCUUGCUCGCCCGAUCGUACGAGUCAACCUCGAACUGGCGCCGCCUUCUCAACAGCCAUGUCGCCCAGUAUCUGGGCAAGAUCAGCUUCGGACUAUAUCUGACUCACGGCCCGGUGUUGCAUGCCGUCGGAUACAUGAUUCCGCAGUACAUCUGGUGGGGUAUGGGCGUGGAGGGGAUAGACACGAGCAACACCGUGUGGUUUAUCGUCUUGUUCAUCGGCUGGGCCAUCAAUCUGACGCUGUGCCUUUCCGUCGCGGAUGUGUGGACGCGAGAGGUCGAGAGUCGCUGCGUCAAGUUGGUCAAGAAGAUUGAGGAACUGUCUUUUGUCAGAGAAUCCACCUAA